GUGGGAGCAACACAUCCCGACUGUUCCGUGGUCCUUUAUUUCCAAGAGCAAGAAGCUGAAUGUCUGGAGAUUAUCAAGAGUGAAAGCCAAACACCAACUCCCCCCGGACCCUCCAGGCAGCAAGGUUGCCUGACCGAGUGGGAUGGAGUGAGCUGUUGGUCGGCCAUACCUGUUGGCCGGUCCCAAGCCGUCACCUGCCCCGACAUCCUCCACAUCUUCAAGAAAUCCAAAGUGCUGAUCCAGAGGAACUGCACUGAGUCAGGAUGGAGCCUCCCCAGCCCUCCCUACCAUGACGCCUGCGAGCUGGAGGCCAUCGGCACCAACAAUGACACCGAGGCCAAGAAAGGUUAUUUUGUCACCAUGAAGGUGCUUUACACCUGCGGUUACUCCACAUCCCUGGCAGCCCUGUUCUUGGCCAUUGGCAUCUUCUCCUGCUUCAGGAAGCUGCAUUGCACCAGGAAUUCCAUCCACAUCCACUUCUUCACCUCCUUCAUACUGCGUGGGGCUGCCGUGUUCAUCAAGGACACCGUCCUCUUCUCAGAUGAGUCCAUCGACCACUGCACGAUGUCAACGGUGAACUGCAAAGCAGCCAUCACCUUCUUCCAGUACUCAGUCCUGGCCAACUUCUACUGGCUGCUGGUGGAGGGCAUGUACCUGCAGACCCUGCUGCUGCUCACCUUCACCUCCGACAAGAGGUACAUCUGGUGGUACAUCCUCAUCGGCUGGGGUGUCCCCAUGCUGACAGUCUGCCUGUGGGUGGUCACAAGGCUGCAGUACGACAACCACGGGUGCUGGGAUGACUACACCAGUCUCUACUGGUGGGUGAUCAAGGCUCCCAUCCUCCUGGCAAUAUUUGUGAACUUCCUCAUCUUCCUCAAUGUUACCAGGAUGUUAGCACAGAAGAUCCGGUCCCCAGACAUCAGCAAAAACUACAAGCAGCAGUACAUGAGGCUGACAAAGUCCACGCUGCUCCUCAUCCCUCUCUUCGGGGUGCACUACGUGGUGUUUGCACUCUUCCCUGAGCACAUCGGUGUGGACGCCCGGCUGUACUUCGAGCUGGUCCUUGGUUCCUACCAGGGGUUCCUGGUGGCUCUGCUCUACUGUUUCCUGAAUGGAGAGGUCCAGGCUGAGAUCAAGAGGAACUGGGGUAAGUGGCAGUCAUCCAUGGAGAGCAACAUCUUCAACCUGGCAACCCAAGACUUCACAGCAUGAUGAGGACAGUGUCUGGGGGGAAAUACUUCCCCCAGGACAGUGG